CCAAUCGCUACGCACCAGACUAAUAACUGGGUUCCCCGUUCGCGACAAAUAUAUCACCGAACACAACACCAUCGCAAAGAUGUCAACAGCAAUAGUUUAUAUUUCGGUCGUGUUCGUUUUCUGUUUCUUUGUUACAACUAGAUCAAAGGAAUUUGAUUAUCGUCAAGAUGUAUGCCAAACAAAAGUGAAUGAUUCCAGUGAAUAUUGUACAUGUAUGCCGUUCCAUAAGUUUAAGAAGAUGUGUUGUUCGACUGACAAAAAGGUGAAUUUUCAAGGACUGUUACAGAAAGAAAUGCAAGACACAAACCAAACCAUGAGGGAGCUCCAAGAACAAAUUGUAGAACUACAGAAGAAGGAAAAUAUAUGGGGUACACUGCUGAUUAUUUCCGGCUCACUCAAUGGAUUAGUAUUCAUCAUUAUUAUCAAGGUCUUAGUUACAAGAAGAUACAUAAAAGCCAGGCACUCAACAGACCUGCCCAAAAGUGGGACAAAUGACAGUAUCUCGAGACAAGAAGAAUCUGGGGAUCGUGUCGCGUUGAAGCAAAUCGAAGCAGGGAUUCUAAAGUAUAAUGCUGUUGGGACGGAAACAUGUCACCAGUAUAUGAAACAGAAAGGAACUGAAUGAUAACUAUCUAGUGUGGUAAACCUGGGGUUUUGGCAAAGAAAUAGUUUGUUUGUUUUGUAAAUAUUUUUAUGAAUUCACUGUUUUGCAUUGUUUAAAUGACAGUAGUUUAAAGAGCAUCUUAUUUUGCAACUUUACUGUAAGUUUCAAAAUUAAUCGGGCUGGUAUUGAUAAAGUUAUAGGCAAAAACAUAUUGCAUAUUUUUGCCGACUCGGAACACAGUUGCUGUAAAAUCAAAAGCAUGCUCCUAAAUACGUAUUUUAUAUUUUGCCAUGAUAUUUCUACUUUCAAUAUUUUGUAAAUAUAUGUCUUAACAUUUUUGUAAGUUUAAGGACAUGGCACUAUGUAGCUUUAAAGUAAUCUUGAAAAAUGUUCUAUUGUUUACAUUUUGCUAGUCAAUUUCUUGUGUGGCUAAAACUAACCAAUGAAAAUUAUUUCUUAAAAAUACUUUAUAUUAUUCAGGUCUGGAACUUUAUUGUCAUGUCAAGGAUGUUAUAUUUUAGUUACAUUGAAUUUUGUAGAUUUUUAGAAACCUUGUUCUCUUGUAUUCCUUUAAAAAUGGCCCUUAGAUGUGAACACUUGAUUUUGGUGGUCAUAUCCAAUUUGGAUAUUUUGGGAGAAUUUGUGUCAGUUCUUUGUUGUUUUAGUACUUUUAAAUUGAUAUUUGUAAUUUGAAAUAUACUGAUAAGAUGUAAUUUUUUCUCUAGUUUAUGUAUGUGCACUUGGUUUUUGAUGACAUUUAUUCUAUUUCUUGCAUUUUAUGAGAAAAGUUUUGCAUAUUUUGGAAAAUGUCAUUGACCAAUCAGAUUGCAGCAUUUUUGGUGCUUCUCUAUUAAUAUGGGCUUAUCGGUUAUUUCUUUGCCCUUCUAGUUUACACUUUAGACUUUAACACUUCUUCUUGGAUUGGAAAUUAUUGAACAUUUAGAGCCAGUUUUAGGAACUUUGGACUUUAUUUUUAUUGGAGAAUAAAUUAUAAUUUUGGAGUUUAAUUUAUUUGCUUAAGAGAAUAUUGAAAUUUAUGUACAUUCUAUUCGGAAUAGUUGUGAAAUUUUCUGAUAAUAUUGACAUAUAUUUUAAUAGAAGGAAAUUUUAGAAUUGGUGUAUAAUAUUAAUUGUAGAAGUUUAUUAGUAGACAUAAUUUAGAUCUUUGUAGUUGUGAAUGUGUGUUUAUGAGAAACUGGACUUUAAGUGCCGUGUGGCGGUUGUAAAAAGUCUCCCCGUACUUGGAUUCAGUGUUGUUAUAUUUUCUGGUCCUUUGGGAUCAUGGAGUCAAUUCAACAUAUGUGUAAUAUAGUUCCGGUUAAGCCCGUGUUAGGGGACUUGAGAGGUGUAGCACAUUUCAUUACCUCUCAUGAACAGACUCGAUCAAACAGAGUCAUCCUGAACAUUGAACCCCAAAACCCGAGCAAUAAAAUACUUGCGAUGAACCACAAUUUAGGUCCUUAUUCACUGAUACUUUACAUGUUUUAGAUAUUACUUUGUGGAGCUAUUCUAUGUGAAGAAUAAGUAAGUUGUAAAUAAAUAAAAUCGUUAUUUAAUGUUUUAGAAAUAUUUUAUAUUGGGGUACAUACGCUCUUAUAUGACUGUAUUUAACAAGACAGUCCUUUUUUUUCUUUUAUAUAUAUUUAAGACAAGCGUAAAAUACUUCAAUUUCAUUUGUACAAAUCUUAACACUGUAUCGAUCAUAAAUGGUCGUAUACAAAUGUAUAUAAAGAUUUAUUUAUAACAACCCGUUUUUGUAUAUAAACAAUUUUGUAUUUUGUGUUUCACGCCUAAUCUGUGCUUAUGAAUAACCCCUUAGUGUGUAAUUGUUAUGCUCUUUGUAACUACUAACUUCAUUUUGCUCCUUAAUUGUCGGGUUUGCUUUUUUAAUAGCGUUAUAAUAUAAAAAGGUAAAUAACUAUCCUAUAACUGAAACCGUGCACUGAAACUGAAACACGUCGCGCCGUGCCAAACUUUGAACCAAAAGUUACUACACGAUAAAUAACUUAUAAACAGCAACUGGUUAUUUGCACUUCAAAACGCAAAAAACUUAUAUGCGCACUAGAUAUACAUAAUGUAUAAAUAACCAAAUUACUAUAAUUUUAAUUUUAGAUCUUACUAAGGAGGGAAAUGUCAAACAAUUUUAUCGCAUGAGUAUUAUCAUAUGGGACCAAAAUAAUCACGAAAAGACUGUUCUCCUCUUGUCCCGACAUAAAGACGGCAAUUUGUGAAAUAUUGUAGCAUUUACAUUUUAUUAUCAUGUCCCCUUCGAAGAAGGUGGAGUAUAUUGUUUUGCAGAUGUCGGUCGGUCGGUCGGUUGGUGUCGGUCGGUCUGUCUGUCAGUAGACCCGCCCGUUUCAAGAAUAACUCAAAAACGCUUUGGCCUAGGAUCAUAAAAAUUGAUAGAGAGGUUGGUCAUGACCAGCAAAUGACUCCUUUUGAUUUUGAUCUCAGUAGGUCAAAUGUUAAGGUCACAGUGACCCGUAACAGUAAAACAGUUUCCGGAUGAUAACUCAAGAAAGCUUCGGCCUAGGAUCAUAAAUGUUUAUAAUGACCAGCAGAUAACCCCUAUUGAUUUCGAGAUCAGUAGGUCAAAGGUUAAAGUCACAGUUAUCGGAACAUUUAAACCAUUUCCGGAUGAUUAUUUGAGAACGCUUGGGUCUAGGAUCAUGAAAGUUGAUAGGGAGGUUGAUCAUGACCAGUAGAUGAACCCUAUCUAUUUUUAGAUCAGUUGAUCAAAGGUCAAGGUCACAGUGACCCUGAAAAGUUAAACAGUUUCUUGACGAUAACUUGAGAACACAUGUGCCUAAGGAUCACGAAAGUUGAUAGGAAGGUUGGUAAUGACCUGCAGAUGUCCCCUAUUGACUUUGAGAUCAGUAGGUUAAAGGUCAAGGUCAUAAUGACCCUGAACAAUUAAACCGUUUCUGGACGAUAACUUGGGAACACUUUGGCCUUGGAUCACGAAACUUUAUAGGGAUGUUGAUCAUGACCAGCAGAGGACCACUAUUGAUUUUGAGGUCAAAUGUGAAGGUCACAGUGACCCGGAACAGUAAAACCAUUUCCGUAUGAGAACUUGAGAACGAUUGGGUCUAAGAUCACGAAACUUAAAAGGGAGGUUGAACUUGACAGCAGGUCACCCCUAUCUAUUGAGGUCAGUAGGUCAAAGGUCAAGGUCAAAUUGACCCAGAACAGUAGAACAGUUUUUGCCAAAUAACUAGAGAACGCUUUGGUCUAAGAUCACAUUUGAUACGGAGUUUACUUAUGACUGUUAAAUGGCCCAUAAUUACUGAUUUGAUGUCUGUAUGUCAAACGUCCAGUGCACAGUGACCAAAUAAUUUCUGCGCCUUGUGCAAUUACUGAAUGCAUCAAGGGGGUCAUUUCGUGUUCUAUCAGCUCUUGUAUUAAAAGUUUCAUGUAUUUACAUUCGAUGUUCAAUAAAUCUUGCUUUAUAUUGUACAUCUUUUCAAAUCUUCUCAUUGUAUUAAAACUGGUGUUUUAAAGCGCAUAUUUUAUCUGACAAGAGUGUGACAUCUGCUCCUGCUUGUCAGAAUUACACCAAACGGAGUAUUCAUCGAUACAGAAGGAGGGCAUUUCCAAAAACUGAUACGAUAUUAUAUGUCUAACAUCUUGAAAUAAGAAUGCUGCCUGGUCAAAUUAGCUUUGACAAAGAAUGUUCUCACUUUUUGUUUAUAAGGAUUUAAGUAACACCAACAACAUUUUUGUUAAGAUUUGUCGACUUUCUAAUUUUUUAUGGCUAAGGAAGACCCCGGGUGUUCUCCAUGUAUUAUUUCAACCAUGGGCGAGCAUCUGGCAAAAACAACCGACCUUCCGUAAGACCUUUGAAAUGCUUCCUCUCAGACCAAUGAUACAUCCCUAUUCAAAGAGGCAAUUGAUUCAAAGUCAGUGACAUUAACCACUCGGAUUUUUUUAAAUAAUAAGCCAAGUACAAAAUUCAUUAGAACACACAUAUUUUUAUUAAAGAAAAGUGGUGAAAUUAUAUUUGGCAGGCAACAAUUACAGAUAAUUCCAAACAUAAAUUUUCAUCAAAAUAUACCUUAAGGAUUGCUGUGUAUUCUAUUUUACGUGUACAAUAAAUAAAUUGUAAUAAAAUCAAA